ACGGAAAAACUUGUGAUGUCCGAAUUUCAACAAAGAUGACACACUACACCGGUCCACACCAACAUUUUGCUUUUAUAGACACUCUAAACUUUAUAAAACUCAAAAUUAGAUUACAUGUUUAAUUAACUAUAAAAAAAAAGCAAGCGUUAAAUAAUUCUAAACAAAUGAAUAAAUAAAUGGUAAGGCUAUGUGAUGCUGCUGCCUGUCGUCGCAGACACACCUGCUUUAUGUAACGUUUAAACAUAUAAAACCUGAAAUACAUAAUAUAGGGGGUUGUUGCAGAAAAAAACAUAAUAUAAGGGGUAAUUUAUUUCAGAGAAGAUAUGCUUGGCUAGCCUUUUAAUUACAUUUUCCUUUCAGAAAAAAAAACAUAAUAUAGGGGGUAAUUUAUUUUGGUAUAUUUUCUUAGAAUUUACUAGACGUGUUUUUUUGGUCAUAGAGUAGUUAUAUACCUUUUCUAUAAAAAAGUUAUAUAAUAGUAUAGUAUGUUUUAUCCUGGGAUUUAAAAUAACCAAAAUCUAGCAAACAAGGGACUAUAAAUACCAGGCGCUUGUUCAACACCAACUAAUCCAAGGUUACUCCAUUGUUACUUCUAACAUUUUUCUUGAUCAAUGGAACGAGUAAGGGAUCUGGCAUCGAAGAAAGCGGCAGUGAUAUUCACGAAGAGCUCGUGUUGCAUGUGUCAUAGCAUCAAGACUCUCUUCUACGAGCUAGGGGCAAGUCCUGCGGUCCAUGAACUCGACAAGGACCCACAAGGCCGAGACAUGGAACAAGCCCUCUUUGGGGCCUCCGGCUCUACUCAGGCUGUCCCGGCGGUUUUCAUAGGUGGGAGGUACGUCGGCUCAGCUAAAGACAUCAUCUCCUUCCACGUGAAUGGCUCGCUCAAGCAAAUGCUAAAGGACUCCAAAGCAAUUUGGUUGUGAUUAAUUACUGUUAAUUCGCUUGCAUAUCGUGAUCCAUGAUAUAUUUAUAUAUAUAAGUUUAAACUUUAAACUAUACAUUGUGGGGAUGUGUCUUAAAUGCUGGCACUAUGAAAUAAAAUGUUAUAGAACCAUGCAUGCAUAUAUAUAAGAAGAUUAUGCA